AUGUGGUUUAUUAAAUUAGUUUUAUUUGUUGGAAUAUUAAAUAAAUAUUCAAAUGGAUUUUACAAGAAUUUUAAAUAUUCGUUGGAUUCAAUUUCAAUUAAAACCAAAUCAAUUCCGUGUCCAGAUAAACAAAGUUAUUGUCCUGAUAAUGAAACAUGUUGUCUAUUAUCAUCAGGCCAAUAUGGUUGUUGUCCUCUGCCUGAUGCUGUUUGCUGCAAUGAUAAUCUUCAUUGUUGUCCAAAUGGUUAUACGUGUGAUGUUGAACAUUCAAGAUGUCAAAAAGGAUUUGUAAAUUCUUAUGAUAUUUUAUGUCCUGAUCAUGAAAAAUCAAUAUGUCCAGAAGAAACAACUUGCUGUGAAUUAAAUGAUCAUUCAUAUGGAUGUUGUCCGUAUCGUCAAGCAUCUUGUUGUUCUAAUAAAAUUCAUUGUUGUCAAAAAGGUUAUUCAUGUGAUGAAUCAGGUUCAAGAUGUAUUAGACAUUUGAAUUUUAUUGAAAAACAAAAUAUUAAAAGUCAAAGGUUAAUUUCAUUGUCGAUUGUUCAAGAACAAAUAUGUCCUGAUGAGAAAACAAUAUGUUCAUUAAAUUCAACAUGUUGUCCAAAUAAAAAUGAACAGAUUAUAAGUUAUUCAUGUUGUCCUUAUUCAAAUGGUACAUGUUGUGGUUCAAAUGGUUCAUUUGUUGCCCAUACAAAUAUAUUUGUGAUGAAAAACAAUUGA